CUGGCGGGCGGCCUUGUUCGGCAGCUGACAGCUCCCUCCGCUCCCGGCGCUCCAGCCUCCAGCACCGUCCUGUCACUUUGGACAGCCAGCAUGUCAGCUCUGCAGCAGUUUCCCCUGCUCGCUUCUGGCGAGUUCUGCGUGGGAGCCGAGAGGCCAGGCCUGGGGUCCCCACUGCCCCAACCAGCCUGAUGACCUCCAGGAGUCCUUCCCGACCUGGGCCUCUGUGCCCACGUGGGUCAAAGGGGGUGGGAGCCACGGGGUGUGGCCGCGAGCCCCUCCCCACACCUUGUGGCUCCCUGAAGAGCUGGUUUCUUCCCCAGCUGGGCAGGGGGCUGACUCGCCUGCACCAGGAGAAACCACAGUCUGAGCUGCGGCUGCUGCCCUGGGCCCACCACUGCGGGUCCUGGGUGUUAGCAAUGGGGGGCUGGGGGGCUGGGGGGUGACUGACGUGGCCCCAGCCCUGUGCCACCCCCCCCACCACUGACAAUGCUGGCAAGCCGGGGUCUCCACCCCAUUUUUCCCGAUGCAGAAACCAGGCCCAGAAAAGCCAGGUGUGGAAGUCCACAGGUAAGGCCGGAAUCCAUUCACCUGCAGACCUCACUGUGGGCCAGGAGCUGCUGCGAGCCGAGGGCCACGGCCGACCCCGGAGGAGACCCCUCCUGGGUGGCAAGGGUGGGCACUGGCAGGAGCAACCCAGGAGACAGGGCUAGGCACCAGCGGUGGCUCCGAGGGCUGGGCCCCUCCACGGGGUCCCUGAGUCACCAACCCCUCCCUUCCACAUUGCCAGGGAGGCUGGAGAGCUGCUUCCAGGCCCUGCUGUCAGUGAGUCACCCCUGCCCGCGGCUGGCCUCCCACGCGGAGCCCGUCAGGGACCCGGCCCACUCCCCACGAGCACAGGGCGGGUUCACUCCCGGCUCCUGUUUGCCUGGAGCCUCCCGCGGGCCUGGGGCUGCUCGCUGCUGCUCACGUGGGGAAGCUGAGGCAGAGGGGGCCUCCUGCCCCCUGGCUCCAGGCAUCUCCAGCGCCCAGAGCCAUGGGUGGCACCGUCGAGAGGCUCCUAAUUGUCUGCCAACAGAAACAAAAAUGGACAACUUUUACUCUUGACAUUAUUUCAUGAAGAAUUUUCCAUACUUACCAUUUUUCUUGGCUGUGUAAUAAAUAUUCUGCCUCAUUGACAUCACCACCCCCACCCCGACCCCAACUUGCACAGCAUUUUGGCUGA